UGGGAGUGAAGCGGAUAUGUGGGACUGUAUGAAGGCUGGCCCAGGCACUGUACAGGUCUUUCGGAAUUCAUAAGAUGGGCCAGACGGCAGUGCGCUGGAUAAUAAGUGUUUGUGUGAGUGUUUACUGACAGAGCAAGCGAGGGAGCGCGCCGGAGAGGCGUAAGGGCUCUGAGCCGCAUGAUCAAGACAAUUUCGAGCAGGACAGGACAGCAGCGGGCCAGUCCCAUCAAAGAUGCUUUCGCUGGUUUUGAAACUAGCUCUGGCUGAGCUGACAAUGUCACUGCUGUUGUCGAGGGGAAUGUACGCAAUCGAAGUCCCACUCGAUUUGAGGCAGCCCCCCACCAUUAUCAAACAGUCUGUGAAGAACCACAUUGUGGACCCCCGAGACAGUGCCGUGGUGGAAUGUGAAGCCAAGGGUAACCCAACGCCAACAUUCUCAUGGCAGCGGAACGGGAGAUUGUUCCAGCUGGGGAGGGAUCCUCGUGUGACGAUGAGAAGAAGAUCUGGCACUCUGGACAUCGCCUUCUAUAGUGGGCUGGCACCCGAGGACUAUGAGGGAGAGUACCAGUGCUUCGCCAGCAACAUCUUUGGGACGGCAGUGUCCAACAAAAUCCUGCUUCGGGUGUUCAAGUCUCCAGUGUGGUCUAGAGAGAUUCUAGAGCCAGUGGUGAUUAACCAGGGACUCCCUCUGAUCCUGCCGUGCAACCCACCCCCCUUUUUCCCUGAGCCACACAUCUUCUGGAUGAACAAUACUUUGGUUCCAGACCCAGUUAUGAUGCCCAUUUUGGAAGAUCGCAGGGUGUCACUGGGCUUGAAUGGAGACCUGUACUUCUCCCACGUCCUCGUCAAUGACUCCUGGACCAGCUACAGCUGCAAUGCUCGCUUUGCCCAGACAAUCCAGCAGAAGAAUCCCUACACCCUCAAAGUGCUCACCACUCGUAAUGUGGCUGAGAAGGUUCCCAGCUUCCUGUCUCCACGCGGGACGGUGAGCUCCAAAGUGGUGCUGCGCGGGGAGCAGCUUCUCCUGAAGUGUAUUGCAGCUGGAUACCCCACCCCUGUCAUCAGGUGGUCAAAAAACGAUGGAGAUCUGCCUACGAGGAAGGUGAAGCUGGAGGAUUUCGGCAAGACGCUGCGCAUCAUGUCCGUGUCGGAUGAGAACUCGGGGGAGUACGUGUGUACAGCCACCAACAGGAUGGGCUUCAUCACUCACACCGUCAAUGUCCGUGUUCAAGCGCCUCCAACCUGGGUAAACAAACCAACAAACCUGGUACUGACUGCAGAGAAGAAUGGACGACUACUGUGCCGAGCCAAUGGCGACCCAAAGCCAACCAUUCAAUGGCUGGUCAACGGAGAGCCGAUGGAGAAUGCCCAGCCCAACCCCCGCAGACAGGUGGUCGGUGACACCCUCACACUCAACUCCAUUCAGAUGGGGGACAGUGCCGUAUACCAGUGCAACGCUUCCAAUGAGCAUGGCUACUUACUGGCUAAUGCAUUCAUCAGCAUUCAAGAGGUGGCGCCACGCAUGGUGGGCCCCAGGAAUCAGGUGGUCAAGGUGAUCGAGAGCAACCGCACCUUUCUGUACUGCCCCUUUUUUGGCUCACCUUUGCCUGAGUUGAGAUGGGUUAAGGAUGGGCUGACCAUAGGCAUGGAUGGUGGCCCAUACAGAUCGUAUCCCAACGGCACGCUGGAGAUCAGGCGUGCACGCAUAAAUGACCAGGGCUCCUAUAGCUGUGUGGCCAGCAACUUCCUGGGCCGGGCAGAAAAUCAAGUACACCUGGAGGUCAAAGAGCCCACAAGGAUGAUCCGUCCACCUGAGCACCUGAGGGCAAUUCGGGGGAGUUUGGCGCGGUUCGAGUGUAAGGUGAAACACGACUUCUCCCUGCCCAUCACUGUCUCUUGGUUAAAGAAUGGCCGACACCUAUCGCUUGGUUGGAGGCUGAGGAGGGAGGAUGACUCCCUGACCAUCCCCAAUGUCCACAGGGAAGAUGAGGGCAACUACAGCUGCGUGGUCAGAACGGAGCUGGACAGGGUGUCUGCCUCAGCCCGCCUUAUCAUUUUGGACCGGCCAGACCCCCCCACAGACCUGGAGCUGUCAGACCCAACGGAGCGGACUGUACGACUCACCUGGGUGCCUGGAUAUGAUAACCGCAGUCCCAUUAAAGAGUUCCUGGUACAGUACGAGGAGGACUACUGGGAACCGGGCUGGUGGAAGAACCUGUCCAGUUACCCAGGCAACCUCAACUCCGUCAUCCUACCACUGAAGCCCUUCAUCAACUACCAGUUCCGGGUGUUUGCCGUCAAUGGUAUAGGCCGAAGCCUGCCGAGCCGCCCAUCCCAGCGUUACCAGACGAGCGGCGCUGCACCUGACGUCAUCCCGACAAACAUCAGAGGAGUGGGAACCUGGAAGACGAGAAUGGAUAUCAGAUGGGAUGCCUUGCAGGACACAGAGAGGAACGGUCCUCGCCUGCGAUAUUUAGUCUGGUGGAGACGGAGGGACUCGCGGGAGGAGUGGAAGAAUGCCACUACAUACUGGCUGAGAUACACCAUCUACGAUGCAGACACAUUCACGCCCUACGAGAUCAAAGUGCAGGCCGUCAAUGACUUUGGGCUGGGUCCUGAAUCCAACAUAUUCAUCGGCUACUCUGGAGAGGACCGUCCGAUUGCAGCCCCAACCGAUGUGCAGGUGUCCCAGACGGACAGUACCACGGCUACUGUGCACUGGAAUCCUGUACCUUUCAAAACCAUAAUGGGUAAUCUCAAGGAGUACAAGGCAUACUACUGGAGAGAGAGCAGCCAGCUGAGAUGGCUUGGUGUGAGUCGGGAGAAGAAGUCCAGCGGCUUUGACAGCACCAGCUCCCUUCCCAUGGGGGUGCUGACAGGCCUUAUCCCAUACAGCAACUACAAGAUGUACAUGGUUGUGGCCAACUACCGUUACGAGGGACCACCCAGCAGCAUCAUUGAGUUCCAGACAAAGGAAGGUGUCCCAGCACGUCCCAGGUACUUCAGGGUCCAGCAGAGACACAUGGAUACCCUGUACUUGGACUGGGAUCGGCCAGCCGAGCCCAACGGCAUCCUGACUGGAUACACGCUCAAGUACCAAGUUGUGAAUGGGACCAGAGCCACCCGCACACAGCUGGACUUCCCACCCAACACGACCUACUACUCCAUGCAUCGCCCCGACCGCUACACCCGCUACAGGUUCUCCCUGGCAGCGCGGACGCAGCUGGGGAUCGGGGAGUUCACCGUGGAGGAUUCACCGCUGUUCACCACUGAAGCCUUCACCAGGGAACAGGUGGACAUCGCCACCCAGGGCUGGUUCAUUGGACUGAUGUGCGCCAUCGCUCUGCUGGUGGUCAUCCUGCUCAUCGUCUGCUUCAUCAAAAAGAGCCGAGGAGGAAAGUACCCCGUUCGGGAUAAGAAAGACCUCCCGUUGGAUUCACUGGAUCCAAAGGAUCUGGAUGGAUCUUUUGAUUACAGGUCUUUUGAAAGGAUAAACCGUGUCCCCACCCUUCCUUAUCCCAAACGUGAGGAGGACAACAAACCCCUGCGGAGCAGCCAGAUAUCCCUGGACGGCAUGGUGAAGAUGCAGGAGAGCGACGACAGCCUGGUGGACUAUGAUGGUGGCGAUGGCCAGUUCAAUGAGGAUGGCUCCUUCAUCGGCCAGUACGCUGGGAAGAAGGACGAUAAUGAGACCAACCUGAGCUCAGAGGCCACUUCCCCCAUGAACGCCAUCUAUUCGCUGGCGUAGACAUGGGGUAGGCCACCACCUGGCUGAGUGGCACAUACACCAGCGCAUACUUAUACAUUGUGAUAGGAGAUGUGAGUCAUCGGAACUCAUGGUGGAUGGGAUUUACCAUGACCUGUCAAUCAGCAACUGCAUAACAAGGAUUACCUACUAAAUAAAUAGCAUGACAUGUAUUAGUCAGUAUCAGUGACUGACAGCCCAUGGUGGUCCCACGCUCCGUGGGUUAUGAAGCCUCUUUGCCCUCCUUACACCGUCACUAUAUACCCAAGAAAACUAAAGAGUCCAACCUCUAUCCAUCUCCUGUUGUCCUGUUUUUCAACAUCGGAGAAGUGCUGUGCAUUUCACAUUCAUUUUCUUCAUCUGCAAGGCAUAUCCAUCCAUCCAUCCAUCCAUUUUCCAUACCGCUUAUCCUUCUGGGUCAUGGGGGCUCAUCACAGGACACACUCACACACCAUUCACUCAUACAUGCACUCCUACGGGCAGUUUGGUAACUGCAAGACGUAUCUUUCACUACAACAUGGAAUCCCAGCAUUAUAUACCGACCGCCACAUAAACAUUCCAAUGUUUCAUGAUUUGUCAAAAUGUAAAGUUACUAAUCUGAUAACUGUUUAUUGAAUCAAUUGUCUUAACAUGUAAUGUAACACAGUCACAGUAUCAUUAUAAAAGCGGGAUAUUCCAAGUUUCCCUAAUAUGCAUGGAGUAAUCUUUUAGACACUUCGUAGACACUCUUUUACACAUUUCAAAAAACGUGAUUCAAAGUAGAGUAACUGUGAAAAAAAUAUCGCUUUAUUUUAAAAGUUAAUUUUCACUUCUUUUUUAUCAUCUCCGUUAUGUUUGUAUACUGUUAUUUGUGUAUGUACAUAUGUUCCGGUUACGGUUAGACAGAUGAUAGAUGGGUACAAUGUAUCCAAGGUUGGUCAUUCAGGCUCCACAGCAGUAAAUGGAAGAGCAGCUGUGUAAAUGUCAUCUAAAAGUCUUAAUAUUUCUGGAUUGUGGCAUAAAACCCAGCAAACUUGUUCGUAAUUAUGCCUCAUUUUAGUAUUUUAAUGUUUGCUUGUCUCACGAAGAGCCCAGUUGUCCUACAUGUGAGCAAAAUAAUUGAAUUCUGUAAAGAAAAUAAUUAGUCGUACCUGUGAGUGACAGUGUCAUUUAUUUUUGUUAAAGGUGUCAGUAAAGUAAGAAGAUAUGACUAAGAGGAGUGCAUGCUGGUGUGUGCACAUUCAGUCCUAAGAUCCAAGUUUACUAUUCUGGUGAUUAAUCGUAGCGUAUCUAUAGAGUCUCAUGCACAUCUGUCAUGGCUGUCUGCCAAUCAAAGACCUUCCUUUGUGUUUCUCAGCAAAAUAAACAGCGACCAGGGACCCAGAAUCCACAGGUACCGGGUAUUACAUAUAAGGUUCAUAUGAAGUUGAUUAAUGCCAACACUAAUUCUACUUUACAUGGGGGGUGGGGAUAAAUGUAUUUAUCGUGACAUUCAGAAAAAGAGAAGAUUGUAUUUCCUGUUAUGUAUUUAAGGGCCUGAUAGAGGAAAAGACGUGGGUAACAUUUCCAUUAGUCUUAAAUUCAUUUGCAGUGUAGCAUAUUUGGUCCUGUUUCCUUACUCUGAUCGCAAAUCAUCUUUAUUCACAGAAAAACAUCCUUUCUUUGGUACUACUUGGAAAUAUUGAUCCAUGGUGUUUGUCUUUUCUGUUGACCUACAUAACAUGUUAGUCUGUUCUUAAAUGUCACAGAUCAUUUUUAGUGCAAACGGUAAAUUAAUGUCAUGAAUUAAUAUAAUAUAACGGAAUAUCAGGAAGCAUGUCGGAUGUGGUCGUUUGAAAUCAAAUUGUAUGUGUUUAACAUCUUAACAGGUUUAUGUCUGAAAUUAUUUUUAAUUUAUGAUGCUACAAUACAGUGCUCUAUGGACAUGUGUAUAUAUAUCAUUACAUUGUCUGUUUUAUUAUACAGAGAAGUAUGGUGCCUAAAAUUAUGUGAAACAUAUAAGUGUCAAUGCCAGUAUGAAAUAAGACAACAAAUUUCUGUUUAAAAAUGUACACUACAAGUUAAAAUGUACAUUUUAUUAUUUAUACUCCAGUCACUUUUUUACAUUUAUCACUUUACCAUACUUUUGUGAACAUUUUGUAAACUUACGAUAUACCUAUAAAUUAUGACAGUAUACUGAACUUGCAACACAAAAUGAUGAUGUCAGAUCUAUACUUCUUGCCCAUGUGUUCCUGUUUCUCAGCCUUUCUCUUUUCUUGUAUCCACUCCUCCUCUGUCUUAUCUCCCCUUAUCUUCCUCCAGCCUUCAUUUGACAGUAAAUUAUUAAUUAAUAUUGUUAAUGUAAGUUUAUUGUGUUAGAAUUCCACUAGCCGUGCUCAGGUGUACCAGAACUGUACCGUAUCAAAGUGCAGGCCUGUCUGUUAUCAUUUUCAGAUCUAUAGCUUCAAAAGUUGCAGUGAAAAGCAUAUUUUGUACCAUGCACCGCCGUCGUUUUCACUGGAUAAAGCCUGUGUACGGAUAAAACUGUCUGAAUUGAAAUAAACGUCAUAAUUUUGGAAUGUG